UGUAUGGUGAAGAUAAAUAUUAUCUCUAGGGCUGUGAACAGCUUCACCUGCUGAUUCCACCAAACCAUGCUGUCUAUUAUAGGCAAAAGAGCAGACCAGGCUGUUGUUUUUAUUUUGGUGAACUGGCAGUCUUACCAGAGAGGGUUAGCUUGGCUAGGUGCUGCUGAAGCUGUCAUUGGAGAUGUUUCCAUCUAGCUCCAAGGAACCCUCAAACAGCGAGGCCGACUGCUUGCCAUUUGCUAGCUACUCUUCUUUCUUGACGGUAGACGCCUUGGAGUCACCACGACAGAAGCCCUGGGAUGACGCCCUGUAUUUGGGAGGGUUUCUGCAUGAUGGCCCAGUUGGAGUUGAUGCCUUCAACACGCUUACACACCUCAAAGUCUCUCAGAAACCCCGGAAGAAGAUCCCAAGGAAGACACGCCACACCCCCAAGAAUACGCUGGUCUUGGACCUGGAAGGGACUUUGGCAGUGUCCUCCCUGACAGCUCUCUGGGAUGAUGCGUCGGCAUUCACCACCUAUUUCCUGGAUAAGCCCUAUCAGCUCUUGUUUUUUGUUAUCUUUGAGGUUUCGAUGAAGCUGAGGCCCCACGUGCAUGAAUUCCUGGAAGCACUUGCCAAAAUCUAUGAGGUCUUUGUGUUCACCACUGCCAAGCAAGAGUAUGCUGAUAAAAUUCUGGAGGGCCUUGGACCACAGAGGAACCUGAUCAGGCACCAGUUGUAUCAAGAGGACUGCCUCUGUUGCAAUGGCUCCUACAGAAGGGAUCUCUCCGUGUUAGAGAGAGACCUGGACCGAACUGUGGCUGUUGCAAAUGACCGGCAAGCAUUCCCUUACCAGAUAUCCAGCGUGGUACUGAUCCCAAGAUGGACGGGAGAUCCUCAGGACAAAGAGUUGCUGGGCCUGAUCCCUGUGCUGGAGAAGCUUAGCUAAAUGGGUGAUCUCUUUGCUGAAAUCGAGAUGAAAUGUCGUGGUGAGAGGAUGGAAGAGAAAGUCUAGUCUUGCCCAUUACAACAAUCCAGUUCGCAAAGUUUUUGUUUGGUGUUCCCAAGAACCAAAUCUAGUACAGAGAUAUAUUUGGCCUAAGGUCCUGGUGAAUUUUAAUUCAGUUGUAUUGUCUUGAAAGUGGUGAAGACCACACAGUUCCUAAUUAGGUCUUUGCAAUCCAUUCAAGCAGGCCUGGCACCAGCACACGGCCAGGUUGGGCCCUGGUCAAGGUCCCCUGUUGCCCAGAAAGGCCCCUCCUUAGAGUGGGAGGCUGGAACCCGCUGCACAAUCCACAGCAGUGUCUCAGGUUUGGAGGGAGAUUCUUCGUACUUGCUAAAUCAGGGAUGGGGAAUUUGUGGCCCUUUAGUUGUUACUGGACUACAAAUCUCAUCAACCCUGAUGAUUGUCCAUGCAGGCUGGGGCUGAUAGGAGCUGUAGCCUUCCGGAUGUUGUUGGGACUCCAGGUGCCCCAUUUCUGUCCUAAAUCUUACCUUUUGGGUUUUUUGGAUUUUUUGCCAUCUUCAAGCAAAAUGUGUGAAUCUUUCUUUUUCUUGACUUGUCAGAUGGUAUCAUAUACUGUGAAUGCAUCUUGUAAAAUAUUGCGCCAGCAGAAUACCCCCCCCAAUUGCUAAGGACCGCACCUCCCAUCAUUCCAGAUCGUUGGCCAGGCUAGCUAGAGCUGAUGGGAGUGGUAGUCCUGAACGUCUGGAGGGCACCUUAAUGGCUACCCUUGCAACACAAGCUAAAAGUUUGUGUGUCUGUGUGUAUGCUGCUUUUCAGUUGUAAAAGCAACGUCUAAAUCCAAGAAUAAA